UAUUUGCCGCAUUGGUGCACACAGCAUUCUUGAUAAUUUGCUUGCUUUAACCAGAUUCAAAAAAACUUGCUUUUUACUCCCCAGUUUUACAGAAAAAUCAGGAUUUCUGGCAUGGGGCCAAUCCUCCAGUUGCCAUCGGUUUUGUGCAAUGGAGUUGGGGGAUGAGUUAGUGCUGAGCAGAACAGGCUGGUGGGAGGUGAGGGUUCCUGCCAGGAGGAAGUGGCUCUUUUCUGGGUUGUAUUUUAUUUUAUUAAAGGAAGUGAGUAUCAGUAUUUCAGAAUUGGCGUAUCCUGCUUAAUAGAAAACACAUAUAUUUGCAUACAUGACUGGGGCAGAGUGGGAUGCAUAGCAUCCAUGGAUGUGUGGCUAACAAUGUGAAGGAUUGGAAAUGUGUAUCAUCCCCUAACAGCUGCUUUGAGUCUCCUUGUGGAGAGAAAAAAGCAGAAUAUAAAUAAACAUCAUCAUCAUCAUCGCAAGGUGAGUGCUCAGGGGUAAUGUGUAUAAGGCAGGGGUCCCCAAACGAAGGCUUGCGUGCUGAAUGCGGACAAUUUAAUUUAUCCGCUCCCAUCCUAAACUUUAGACUUAAUGUCACAACCUCUGAGGAUGCCUGCCAUAGAUGUGGGCGAAACGUCAGGAGAGAAUGCUUCUGGAACAUGGCCACACAGCCCGAAAGACAUACAACAACCCUGUGAUCCCGGCCAUGAAAGCCUUCGACAACACGUUCCUUGAUUGGUUCUUGGUCAAAGUACCCCUUCAGGUUCAACUGACAGGAAAGGAGAUUCCACCUGAACAUUAGGAAGACUUUCCUGACUGUGAGAGCUGUUCAACAGUGGAACUCUAUGCCUCGGGAUGUGAGGGAGGCUCCUUCCUUGGAGGCUUUUAAAGAGAAGCUGGGUGGCCAUCUGCCAGGGGUACUUUGUGCUUUUCCUGCGUGGCAGGGGGUUGGUCUAGAUGCCCCAUGUGGUGUCUUCCAACUAGUCUAUGAUUCUAUGAGAGCUGUUCACCAGAGUGUGGUGGAAGCUCCUUCCUUGGAGGCUUUUAAACAGAAGCUGGAUGGCCAUCUGUGAGGGGUGCUUCAAUUGUGCAAGGCAGGAGGAUGGACUGGAUGGCCCUUACGAUUUUAUUCUAUGAUUCCACUUGUUUUUACAUUCUAGGCCUCUUCCACACAGCUGUAUAAAACCCACAUUGAACUGGAUUCUAUGGCAGUGGGGACUCGGAUAGCUCAGUUCAAAGAAGAUACUGUGGGAUUAUCUGUCUUGAUAUUCUGGGUUACAUGGCUGUGUGGAAGGGGCCCCUAUUGUAUUGUGUCAGGGGUUAGAGGCGGGGAGAAAGACGGUAAACAGGAAACACAUUCCAGAGAAAUGUUGCCCAUAGGGUAAAAGGAGGGAGCAGAAAGAAAAUACAGUAGUUCAGCAACAGGGCAAUAAAAUGACGUCAGCCGGGCACGAAAGAUACGGGCUUUUUCCUCAGAAUUGCAAGCUGGGCCCUUCCCGCUCUUUUUCUGAGGCCUUCGCCUCAAACGAAGCCCCGCCCAGGGGGAGAAAAGCAAGCCACAAAGGAACAAGGAAGGAGGGAGAGAGGGAGGCGGGCCUUUGGGGACAGGUGCCGGCCAGGGUUGUCUAAGGAACAAAGAGCAAUCAGCACAGCAAUCGGUAGACAUCAUUUAACUGCAGAAGCUGGUUUUGUGUACGGAAAGCAUGUCUGCAAUUGAUUUUGAAACGUUAGCUGAGAUAGAAUUACAGAAAGAUGAAGCAGAAAAUGCAGCUAUGGGUGAAAGCUCAUUUGUAUCUAUACCAAGCAAAGAUGAUCAAGUGAGCAUGACUCACCCCUAUUAUGAUGUUGCAAGGCACAAUAUCAUUCACUUUGCAGGUGAUGACAGGUUGGGCAGAAAAGUGAUAGCUUUCAGUUGCUGCCGUAUGCCUCCUUCCUACCAGCUUAAUCAUAGUCGGCUAUUAGAAUAUUUAAAGUAUACGCUGGAUCAGUAUGUGGAAAAUGACUACACGGUUGUCUACUUUCACUAUGGUCUGAACAGUCAGAAUAAACCUUCCUUGGGCUGGUUGCAAAGUGCCUACAAGCAAUUUGACAGGAAGUAUAAGAAAAAUCUGAAAGCAGUCUAUAUUGUACAUCCAACCAAUUUCAUAAAAAUUAUUUGGAACAUCUUUAAACCUCUAAUCAGUCACAAGUUUGGGAAGAAGGUCAUCUAUCUGAAUUAUUUAAGUGACCUGAGAGACCACCUUAAAUAUGAGCAGCUGAAAAUCCCUGAAGAGGUUAUUUGGCAUGAUAAAAAACUUCGGACUAAACAAAAGACAAAACCACCUGCCACAGUGAAGAUUCCUCCACCAAGGCCCCCGCUCCCAACCCAACAGUUUGGAGUCAGCCUCCAAUACCUCUCACUUAAAAACAAAGGUGAAGUAAUCCCACCAGUAAUGAAGCACACAGUAGCUUAUUUGAAUCAAAAAGGGCUCAAAGCGGAAGGGCUGUUUAGAAGAUCUGCUAGCUUACAAAGUAUUAAAGAAGUUCAGAAACUUUAUAAUCAGGGAAAGCCUGUUAAUUUUGAUGAAUAUGGAGACAUCCACAUCCCUGCAGUUAUCCUUAAGACUCUCCUGAGAGAACUCCCUGAGCCUUUACUGUGCUUUGAUAACUAUGAUGAAAUCCUUGGAAUUACCAGUGUGGAAAGUAGCUUACGAGUGACUAGAUGCAAAGAAAUUAUCCAUAGACUUCCUGAGCAAAAUUAUGCUGUUCUGAAGUUUCUAAUAUGUUUUCUCCAUAUGGUGUCACAAGAAAGCAUUUUCAACAAAAUGACUAGUUCCAACCUUGCCUGUGUCUUUGGCUUGAAUCUCAUCUGGUCCCCCAAAGGAGCAACUGCAAGAAACUGCAAGGUGUUUCUGGUGUGAGAGAACUGGCCAUCUGCAAGGACAUUGCCCAGGAGACACCUGGAUGUUUGGGAAGCUUCCCUCAUGUCCCCACAUGGGGAGAUAGAGCUGACAGAUGGGAGCUCACCCCGCUCCCCGGAUUCAAACUACCGACCUUUUGGUCAGCAGUUCUGCUGGCACAAGGGUUUAAACCCAUUGCACCACCAGAGGUUCCACUGAAGAUGGUACUUAUCUUGUGAUGGGUCAUCAGAAAUGUUCACUAGACUGCUAAGACUUAUUUCCACAAGGAAUACACAGAAAGGAUCUACAUGUUCCAGGCUGAUUUAGGUUUAAAGCAUUAUCCAUUGAUAACUGGGCAUUUUCUGGAUACACUUGAAGCACCACACUCAUACAGAAUGUCUCUCCCUUCUUUUUUCUUCUCAGUGAACUUUCUUUUCAUGCACACCAGUGCUUCUUCAAACCUACCCUCUGCUUACAACAUCUCACCAAUUUACCAGAAUUUCUCUGUGUCAGAGAGUGAACUCUUUGAAGAGUCAGGGGACCUGCAAAUAAAUACACUGGAUAGGGCUGCCAAGAGCCAAGCUAGAUUGUGUAUCUUCAUUGUUCAAUAUGACUUUCCCACUUCUGUGGACUGCUCAACUACUUGCUUCUAUCUCCAAUUGACUGGCAAAGAGUCAAAACUAUAACAAAAUUAAGAAGAUUUUCCUAAAGAUAAGAGUUGUUCGUCAACUGAAUAUGCCUUGUAGUGUGGUGGAGUCUCCUUCCCUGAGGGAUUUUAAACAGAGGCUGGCCAUCUGUCAGGAGUUAUUUGAUUAUGUGUUCCUGAAUGGCAGGAGGUUGGACUGGAUGGCCCUUAUGGCUUCUUCCAACUUUGUGAUUCUAAGUCCCAGACAGAUCUUAUGUCCCCUUUGAUAGGUUCUGAAUGUUUACUUAAAAAAUCAUAUGUUCAAGGUACUUCUUUUUUGUCUCCUCUCCAGCUACAUAUAUCUGGAGGUAAAGUACCCCCAUUCUAGUUUCUGUCUCUAGCUCAAUGUGUGCCUGCCUGGGUCCUAUGGGCUGGAAUCCUGUUGACUUACACUGGCAGAAGUCCUUUGAGUAAAACAUGGGUAGCAACACAAAAUUGUAUCUACCAGGAGUUGAUCUGCUCACCCAUGAGUCAUUAUAUCCAGAACUGAGGUGGCUUUCACUACCCCGCUCCCUCUUUGUUACAAAUCCUGAGUUCUGUUUUACUCUACUGCCAUGCUACUUCUCCCCUCUCCUCUUUUGCUGGAAAAGUUAUGCCAAUCAAUAGAACGUUAGCUAUUUUUUUUCUUUCCUUAGGAAACAUUUCCAAUAAUUCUCUCUUAUAUUUCUUACUAGCUUAAGCAUCCGGUGAUGCCCAGGCUAGGUCUUUUAUAAUGCUAUUUAUAAGAAAUAGUCAUUGUUUGCUUUUGUUUUUAAUGAAUGCUCCCAUUAGAAAAUGCGUAAGGAUGUGGGUGAACUACAACUCCCACUAUUGUGGGUCAACUCACUCCAAAUGGCAGUAUUCAAAGUUGAUCAUGUUAGAUCUGUGUGCCAGGUUUGGUCCAGAUUCAUUGUCUGUGGGGAUGAAAGUGCUCUUUGAUUAUGGGUGAACUAUAAAACCCCACACUGCAGGUGAAUUCCCUCCAAACCCUACUAGUAUUUAAAGUUGGUCAUGUUGGGUAUGGAUACUGUUUUGGUUGAGAUCUGUUGGUGGUAAGUCAUAGGGCUCUCUGGCUGUGGUGUGAAAUAUAAUUCCCAAAAUCCAAGGUCAAUCUUCUCCACCACCACCCCCUGUAUUUUUUGUUGGUCGUGGGGGGGGCGGGGGUGGCUCUGUGUGUCAUGUUUGCUCCAGAUCCGUCCUUGGUGAGAGUCACAGGGGUCUUUGAAAUUGGGAGUCAUCAUGGAAAUCACAUACAAACAUACAUACAAAUGCACACACAUACAUUCACUUUUAUUAUAGAGAUAGAUAGAGAUGCUCUAACUCAUUUAGUCCUUUCCCUGCCCGUUAUUUUCUCUUACAAAGUAAGACUAUCAAUCCAAUCUGAAAUUAGUCUGUGAACCUUUUGUGUUCAUCAUGCCUUUAUUUAUUUUGGCAGACCCUAACAGGUGUCCAUAUUCAAGGUUAGACAUAUAUAAAGAUGAAAACACAAGACACAGUGAAAAGGCCACAAUAUUUAUAUUUGAACAUUUUCCAAGAUAGCUCUGUAGCUGGUCUUGGCAAUAAAACUGGUUUCUAUAAUUUGACAGAAGAGUUCAUUUUUGCUUGAAUAUUUUGAUGACCUAGCUCCCCAAUGAAAGUGCUUAUUAGGGCAAAAACAUGUGUGACUCUGACAUGAAUAUUAAAAAGACUAUGAAAAAUGAAACAUGAUGAUCCUAGUCAAUGUAAUAACUUGUCAAGGCAGGCAGUAUUACAGGACUCUACCAAUCCAGACAAUCAAAUAUUUGAUCUCAUGUCACUUAAACAGUGAGGACGGUGCCAAAUGUACUUCAAAUUAUUACAGUAUCUCCCUUGUUGUGGAAGUUAAAGAUGGAAUUGACAGAAAAAUAGUUUCUAUACUUUUGGAAGUAAUAUUAAAACACUAAAUCAGUGAACACAAUUUUUGAUCUCCUGUCAGUAAGUAUCAUAAUUUUGAUACAUUUUGAUAGACAAGAUAUAUUCAGCUUGCAACAUGACCAUAUAUUUUGAAAGGAUGGAUAAAUUUCAACAGGCUGUUGCAUAAUGGGUUUGGGAACUGUCUGAUCAACACAGUAACAAAUCUAAUUGGGAAUUUUUCAAGAUAUUGCUACCAACUGUCAUUUAAGACCAAGCCCUUAAUCAUCCCUGCCAACCUUCUGUGGCCUUCUCGAAUAAUGAUGUCAGAAACAAAUUUUACUUUAAAAAAGAAAGAAAAAAACCUGUUUUCGUUCUGUCUGGUAAAUCUAUUGAUCUAUGAAAAGGUAAAGUGCAGAUCGCAUUUGAUUAAGUGUUUUUGAACAGCCAGAGUUAGCUAGGCAAUCUGUAUGUCAAAUUAAUUUUUUCAGCAGCACUUGUUAUAGCCACCUAAAUUGACAGCAAUAUUCUUCCAGUUUUUCUUUUCCAUUAUCCACAAGUACAUGUCCUCUCAAAAUACUAAACUGGAUUCAUAACCAUACCAUGUAAAUAGCAAAAGAUAAUCUGCAAGAAGAAUUGAAACCUUUUAUAGACUUUGUGAAAAACCCAAAGAAGAUGACCACGACAGGAUUUGAUAACUAAAAUUAAGAUACCUAUAUACUCAAGUAUGAGCUGAGCAUUGGGGCUGAAAAAGCCCCCCUCGGCUUAUACUCGAGUGAGGAUCCUGGCCGGCUUAUAUUCGGCUUAGCUUAUACUUGAGUAUAUAGGUAAUCAGAGUUGAUCAGUCUUAUCUUAUUAAACUCUUAUUAUCUUCAAUUACAGUUUUAUGUAAAUAUUCAAAAACAUUUAACCUACUGAUGCCUUAAUUAAUGUAAUUCGAUUGGUAUCUAUUUUUAUUUUUGAAAUUUACCAGUAGCUGUUGCAUUUCCCACCCUCAUCUUAUACUUGAGUCAAUAAAUUUUCCCCAUUUUUUCUGGUAAAAUUAGGUGCCUCAGCUUAUAUUCGAGUAUAUAUGGUAAAUAAUAUAUGUUUAUCUUCUGUAUUUGGUAUGUUAAAAUGUAAGAGAUGGAUGCUAUCUGAUGAGUCAAUUGUUAAGAAAUUAAAAAUGCAUAAUGUCAAUUAUAUAGAAAUUAUAGAAGCAUACACACACACAUAUACAUAUGUGUGUGUGUUUAUGGAUGUACAUACAGAAAGGGAGUGAGAGCAAAAUAGAUUGAUAUAAAAGAAGGCUACAUGGGCUAGUGGGAACAAAACCUUGAGAAAGAGAAGUUUGAGAGAUCUGGCCUUCAGGAGCUAUAAGGGAAAGUUCUUAAAAACUGACUAUUAUUAUUAUUAUUAUUAUUAUUAUUAUUAUUAUUAUUAUUAUUAUUUAUUUGCAGGAUUUACAUACCACCCUUCUCAACUUCAAAGGGGACUUAGGGCAGUUCAGUGCUGGCAACAAUUCAAUGUCCUUGAUAAAAAAGCAUCAAACAUCAAAGUUGACCCUCCCCUAAUAAAACAUUAAACAUUAUUAAACACAUCACAUAAAAUAUCAUUUAUCACAAAGACAUAGCUGUUGUCCGUAAACAGUCCUGGGUCAUUGCAUUUCCAACUUUUACUUUAACUUUAAAUAUUCCUAUGAUGGGCCGAACAAUUAUAAGAAUCUUAUAAUAUUGAGAAAUUAUGGUUAAGUCAAAAAUACUUUCGACCCUAAGAGUUAUAGAUGGAAAAUAUAUCUGAUGAAAAAAUACAGAAAGAGAAACAGCAUGAUAAUGAUAAAAUGAUAAAAAAACACUAACCUACUAACAAUAUAACUGAAAAUUGUAGAACUUUCUUUGUAGAUAUUAAUAAUAAAUAAUUUAAGAAAAGUUUUAAUGUGAA